ACAGAGCAGGAUGUGUGGUAAAGGCAAACACCGCGAGAGGUUCAGCAAAUGGGGCGCAAGGUGUCACCAUAAGGUCCUUAACAUCCAUAGAAUGACCAAGCCGGCUGUUCGCCGCAAGAGAUUCAGCAGAUGGGGCGCAAGGCGUCAAUGCAGUAACAUCCAGAGAAUAUUCACACAGGCUGUUCACCGUCUGGUUCGCUAUUACAAUGUUAAACUUAUUUCCAGCCUAACAUGCGAAGACUUUUACAAUCAAUUGAAGGUGUUCUUGGAGAACGUGAUCCGUGACGCCGUCUCAUACACCGAGCACGCUAAAAGAAAGGUCGUCACCACCAUGGAUGUGGUGUACGCCCUGAAACGCCAGGGACGCAAUCUGUACGGCUUCAAUGACUAAACGCUUCAACACUGAACGACGAGAACACAACGGCUCUUUUAAGAGCCACCCAAAUAUCCUGAAAGAGCUGUUUCUGAUUUACUGCUUGUGUGAGAGAAAGAUUAAGAAAAGAAAUCGGGUCUCUCUCUCUCUCUCUCUCUCACACACACACACACGACAAAUACAAUCUCUGUACUACUAAGGAGCAAAAGUGGCAAAAUUAUAUGCACAAGACUG